AUGGCGCCGUUCCAGAUGCGGUUCGGGCUCCAGAUCUCCCCGCCGCGCUCCGAGGAGGAGGAGGACGACGAAGGGGAGGAGGACGAGGAGGAAGAGUACGACGACGGGAUGGAGAGCGAGGGGACGGCCUCGCCGCCGAUGUCUAUGCUGCGGGCGGGGAGGGGAGGGGGAGCGGGGGGAGGGCUGGUGGGCGCGGUGGUCGGGGCGCUGCGGAGGUCACUGGUCAUGUGCAGCGCCGGCGCCGUCGGGGAUGAGGACGACGACGACGAAGACAGCGAGGGGGAAGGGGGGAUCGAGAUUGGGCGGCCCACGGACGUGCGCCACGUCUCGCACGUCACCUUCGACCGCUUCGGCGGCUUCCUCGGCCUCCCCGCCGACCUCGAGCCCGACGUGCCGCGGCGCACGCCCAGCGCCAGUGUCAGUGUAUUUGGGGUUUCACCUACGUCUCUGCAAUGUUCAUAUGAUCAAAGAGGGAACAGUGUGCCCACAAUACUUUUAAUGAUGCAGAGGAAGUUAUAUAUACGUGAUGGACUUAAGAUUGAAGGGAUCUUCAGGAUUAAUGCAGAAAACAGCGAGGAAGUCAAUGUCAGGGACCAAUUAAACAGUGGAGUGGUUCCAGAUGAAGUUGACUUGCACUGCCUUGCUGGGUUGAUAAAGGCAUGGUUUCGGGAACUUCCUGCAGGAGUCUUGGACGCACUGACACCAGAACAAGUAAUGCACUGCAACACCGAAGAGGACUGUGCCCUCCUUGCUUCGAUGCUACCACCAGUGGAAGCAGCACUACUUGAUUGGUCUAUCAAUCUGAUGGCUGAUGUUGUAGAGCAUGAAAGCCACAACAAGAUGAAUGCCCGAAACAUCGCGAUGGUUUUUGCACCCAAUAUGACUCAGAUGGCCGAUCCGUUAACCGCCCUGAUACACGCAGUUCAGGUGAUGAAUUUCCUCAAGACUUUAAUCUUGAAGACUUUAAAGGAACGAAAGGAGGCAGCUGGAGCAGUUCGGGCAUUGCAAUCAUGCUCUGGUUCCCCAAAUGACCAAGAUGAACCUCAGAUGUCAGAGCAUUUGGAGAAACCUUCAGUUCUUUCCAGUCAGAAAGACUUUGAUUUUCCCAUGAUUGAUAAGGCCACUCCUGUUCAAGUCCUUGGAGCUGAUAAAGCUCUCCAUCAUGAUUCACAGAGCCGUCCCAAUGAGCCAAAGUUUGGAAUUGACAUGGACCACAAGAAAAGCCACAGUGAUGUUUCCUCUCUUGGCAGAGAUUUGAAUAACCGAGUCAAUGGUUCUGGAAGAGAAUUUGGUAACAGAAAUGGGGAAGGCUUGUUCGACAGAUUUAGGUUUAGGAAAGGGGUUGAGAGGCUUUGCAGGCAUCCCGUGUUUCAAUUGAGUAGGUCCAUGAAGAAGUCUGCAGAUGUGGUCUUUGAUGCACCCAGAGAAGCAAGACAAGCCUGGGUAUGAUCCGAUGACGAUAUUGUAUGUACUAUGUAGUUGGUAAUGCCACUGUUUUCACCUAUGCGUGUAGCAAUCAGCCAUUCCCCUAGUUUGUGCGAGUAGAACCGAUUAGCGGUUAGCUUGUUAGGUAUUACAAAAUUGAGGUUAUCUGGGUGUAUAUUAUCGCCGUUGACUUGUGACGAAAGCGUCUGGAGAAGUGCAUCUGGCUUCUACCGAGUGAACGAAAGCCACACUGAACUCAAGCUCCGUGGUUCCGUGCUGUAUACCUGAAACGGAAUGCUGUAACAUUAUCAGUCAGUACAACAACUCUCAGUAAAUUGUUGUGUAAAUUUACGCA